GCAUCGGCAGACGAUGCAGUAGAGGAAAAAGUGUUCCAUAAAUUGGGAGUGGUUUCUGCUCGGGCCGCACCCAGUUUUUUUCGGUUCAGGACAAAUUUCACUCAUUAUUUUAAGAUUUCUGUACGGCAUACAAGGUAUUUUUAACCUUAAAUAUUUCCAUUCUUCUCCGAAUUUUACUUGUGACGCAUAAUCCAUUCAAUUCUAUUUUUUAUCUCAAUUUGAGUUUUGUUGAUUCCUUUGUUGGUUUUUUUAAGUGGAAAGUACACACAAAAUAAUCCUAUUUAUGAUUAGUCACCAUUUUUUACAUGUUUCAUAAAUAAUUUCAUUGUUGUCAUUUAAAGUUCAAGAUAAGUAAUAGAAUGCAUAUUAAUGUGGAAUUGGUCGUCAUUUUGUAACUUUCUUUCCAGACAUUGAUGUUACAAAGAUAGACAAAGAUAGGUCACAAAGAUAGGUCAGAUAGUUAUGUAGUAUGGAGUUAUUUAACAUGUGAAAAUUAUGUAUUAUUCGGUCUGCAGAAUUUCAUAACGCCGUAUUCCAUGGAUGGAACAAGGGCAUGCAAAGCUCGGAACUGCACGAUCGACUUUUCUCCCACCGAAUUCGCUUAAAGCGAAUAACCCGACUUGUUCGCAAAAACUGAAUAAGUAUGUUCUCGCAAACAUUGAGCCGUAGUAGUCUUGGGUAAGCAUGGCAUAAUAAUAACACAGCCACCAGCAUGAAGGAAGAGAUAUUUGUAGCAGAUUAUACCUUAUUAUAGGCCGUUAACUUUCCAUAGAGUUGAUUAUAAUCUUGGGGAAAGGGUUGUUGAAUUGAGAUAAGCCACUUGGUUAAGCCAGCUAAAAAGGUUGAGAGGAUUAGCGAUUACACGGCUCAAGUGCUAAUACUUAACACUUAUGUGUGAUAUACAUAACUAAAUAGAAACCCUCCAUAAAUAGAUAAAAGUUCGGCUAGUCAAUAUUAAGCUAAUCCUAACCAAAUUAAAUACAGAGUCCAGAGACCAAAUUAUAAAAAUUGAUUGUACCACUUGAUAAGUGAGGAGAGGAUUGGCUGAAAUGUCAUAAAACAUCAAGCCGCAUGAAAUUCUUUGAUCAGUCACGUUUCAGCAGUCGGAUUUGGCGUUCCAAUAAUUACAUAUCAUAGUAAAUCGGGUGCUAAUUUAUUCUUUUUCGUAUACUUACAUAAUUUUGUCAACGGGUCACGUAGUCAAAAAGUUGUCAUCAUCAGAGCAAAAAGUGAAAUUUGUAAUUACUUAAUACCCAAAAAAUAAUAAGACUAGCUAAUUCGUCAAUUUAAACAGUGAUAUUUACAAAAUACCAUAAAGUGCUUCGGUUUAAUUACCAAUCUAAUUAUAACUUUUCAAUAAAAAAUGGAAGCUCUUCCUAAAUCUGAUACUGUCCGUCUUCGCAAAAGGCAUAUUGGGCCAUCUUGUAAACUCUUCUUUAAAAGCGACCCCAUAAAAAUUGUCCGAGCUGAAGGGCAAUACAUGUACGAUGAAAAGGAUCGCUCAUAUUUGGAUUGUAUCAACAAUGUGGCUCAUGUCGGACACUGCCACCCCGCCGUGGUCCAGGCUGGAGCGACUCAAAUGUCCCUGCUGAACACAAACUCAAGAUUUCUUCAUGAUAACUUGGUUAUCUGUGCUCAACGAUUGACUGACCUCUUUCCACCCCAACUUUCCGUCUGCUUCUUCGUCAAUUCUGGAUCAGAAGCGAAUGAUUUGGCACUUCGACUGGCUCGGGCUCACACCAAGCAUCACGACAUCAUCACAUUGGAUCAUGCUUAUCACGGUCAUGUGACAUCAUUAAUUGAAAUUUCGCCAUAUAAAUUCAACAUGCCGGGAGGUGGUGGUAAACCUGAACAUAUUCAUGUUGCUGCGUGUCCAGAUUCAUACAGAGGCAAAUACAGGGACAACGAAUUUACAGUAGAAGAACUUGGCAAAAAGUACUCAGACGAUGUCAAGUCAAUGAUUGCAGAGGUCACCGCUGGUGGCCGUCAUAUUGCUGGAUUUAUUGCAGAAAGUCUUCAAAGUUGUGGUGGUCAGGUCAUUUUGCCACCCGGAUACUUGAGGAAUGUUUACAAACAUGUCCGCGACGCUGGCGGUGUUUGCAUAGCUGACGAAGUUCAAGUUGGGUUUGGCCGAGUGGGAAAGCAUUACUGGGCUUUCCAACUUCAAGGGGAGGAUGUCGUUCCGGACAUUGUCACGUUGGGAAAACCAAUUGGAAAUGGUCAUCCCGUUGCCGCGGUCAUUACAACGCAGGAAAUCGCUCAAAGUUUUGCAAACACUGGUAUCGAAUAUUUUAACACGUAUGGAGGAAAUCCCGUUUCUUGCGCGAUUGCUAUUGCCGUAAUGGACGCCAUUGAAAAGGAUGGACUUCGGGAGAAGUCCACCCGGGUAGGGAACUAUUUGGUCAAUUCGCUGACCAAGUUGAUGGACAAGCAUCCGAUAAUUGGUGACAUUCGUGGCAUCGGUCUAUUCGUGGGGAUCGACUUGGUUCGAGAUCGUGAAACUCGAGAACCAGCCACUGCCGAAGCGCAACACGUAAUUUCUCGCAUGAAAGACGAGUACAUCCUCCUGAGCGCAGAUGGACCUUAUCGAAAUGUGUUGAAAAUGAAACCACCACUCGUGUUUAAUCAAGAUAAUGCUGACCGAUUCGUCUCCGUGCUAGACGAAGUUCUCACCGAAUUGAAACAAUCCGAGUUAAUUUUGCCCACUGAGCUCUCCUCCGCAAAGGACGCAAGUUCGACCGAACGGAAAAAAUUAAUUGACGACCCAAUGAGCGAAGGUCCCAAUGGAAAGAAGCAAAAAUUGGCUGACACGGAUAACAAGAAGAAAGUUGGGAAAACUGUGAAAGCUUAGAAAUCUAUUAAUUUAUGAUCUCACACAACUUUCUCUUCUCUCUGUGCUCUAGAAAUCUAUAUUUGAAUCUGUUGCUUAAUGUCUUCACUUGACUUUGAUUUCUUCGGAAAUUUAGUAUCUGUUCUUGGAUACCAAAUAUCUAUUAUCAAUUACGGGACAUGAUACACACCAUUUUUAAGAGUAAGAGAUUUCAUGGUGAAGGGUACUUGUAAUUUUGUCAGUGAAUUGUCUUCUAAAUUUACUAUACGCACAAAAUCCUGUUAUAGCAUAAUUAAUCUGCAUACGUAAUUAACAUAUGUAUUUAUAACAUUUUGAACGGCAUCUUCCAGCGAAGCACACUUGUCAACCUACUGUGAUGCUCAAAUAUAAAGAAUUGUUAGUAAAAUUAGAAUUUGUUAUAAUUAUCUAUAAAUGACGACAAAAGUACAACUUACCAUUUUCGAUUCGACAGCUACAACAAUAAGUUACAAUCUACUUAUUAUAAGUUAUUAUUUUUGAUUAAAAAAUAGAUAAAUAUGUAUGAUUUGUUAAAGUUAUGAUUCGGUAUUUAGUCAUCAUAGCAUUUCAUUACAGCACAGAUUAAAUGUAAUUCUUGAAAUCUGAUUUUUGUAUUAUUUUGACUGAUUGAUUACCCUUUGCAAAUAAUGCAUAUCACAUCACAUACACGUGAAGCUUAUCAAAAUAUGUGGAUUAAAUUAGGCACAAUUUGAUGAAUUGAUAAAUAUUUUCACGUUGCAAUUUGCGGAUAAUUAUUUAGAGGUCAGUCAUGAGAUAUAAAAUAACUUUUGUCAGAGACUAAAACAGAGUUAUUUUGUUGUGUGCAAAUUGUGCAGUUAAUUGCAAAUAUUAGCAUUAAACAAAAUGGUAAAAUCUCAAGGUUUUUUGGCGUUUAUCAUUCUGGUACUUUCCGUCUCAUCCAUUUCCGGGCAAGUUUGGUAUAAUUGCAUCCUUCCCAACCAGUAUGCACUAACGUUUGACGAUGGCCCACACCCAUCUCAAACUGCACAAGUUUUGGAUCUCCUUUUAUCCUACAAUGUCACCGCUACCUUUUUCUUCAUUGGCGUUGGAGCUUGGGAAGCAGAUUACGAAAGAUAUCAACAAUCUGUACGGAGAGCCUAUAGAGAAGGUCAUCAAAUUGGGAAUCACGGCUGGUCCCAUCUCGACAUGAGGGACAUUACGGAGGCCGAAAUCCGCUCCGAACUUUCUGGAGUGGAGACCUUGAUUUACGGAACGAUCGGCGUCCGUCCCACCAUCUUCCGACCACCAUUCGGUGGAUAUAACGACAGAUUGAUUCGCAUCGCGAAGGAUGAAUUUAACUAUGAACUCAUCAUGUGGAAUAUCGACACGGGGGACUGGGCACACCCUGGCGACACCGAGGCCGGGAUGGAAGAAUAUUAUGCUGCCGUCAACUCGAGUCUGCACCAAAAUUAUAUCGCACUUCAUCACGACGUUCAAGGGGGGGCCGUGAAUUUGGCUGCAGCUGCAAUUGAAUUCAUGGUCGGGCAAGGGUUCGACUUGGUAACGGUGUCAGAAUGUAUUGGGGUUCCGAUGUAUCAAUAAAAUUAUGACAAAAAUUGAGGCAAA